AUGGCGGACGGGGACAGCGGCAGCGAGCGCGGCGGCGGCGGCGGGUUCGGGACCGCCCGCGGCGGGGCGGGGGGGGCCGGCCCGGCCGCGGGGCCCGGCGGCGGCGGCGCGGCCGGCCCCGAGCAGGAGACGCAGGAGCUGGCGUCCAAGCGGCUGGACAUCCAGAACAAGCGCUUCUACCUGGACGUGAAGCAGAACGCCAAGGGCCGCUUCCUCAAGAUCGCCGAGGUGGGCGCGGGCGGCUCCAAGAGCCGCCUCACGCUCUCCAUGGCCGUGGCUGCCGAGUUCCGCGACUACCUGGGUGAUUUCAUCGAGCACUACGCGCAGCUGGGCCCGUCCAGCCCCGAGCAGCUGGCUCAGGCCUCGGGGCCGCCGGGCGAGGACGGCGCUGGGCCCCGCCGCGCCCUCAAGAGCGAGUUCCUGGUGCGGGAGAACCGCAAGUACUACCUGGACCUGAAGGAAAACCAGCGCGGGCGCUUCCUGCGCAUCCGCCAGACCGUGAACCGCGGCCCCGGCGGCCCGGGUGGGUUCGCGGGAGGCCCCCCCGGGCUACAGAGCGGCCAGACCAUUGCGUUGCCCGCCCAGGGCCUCAUCGAGUUCCGCGACGCCCUGGCCAAGCUCAUCGACGACUACGGGGGCGAAGAGGACGAGCUGGGCGGCCCCGGCGGCGGCGGCCCGGGCGGCGGGGGGCUCUACGGGGAGCUGCCCGAGGGCACGUCCAUCACCGUGGACUCCAAGCGCUUCUUUUUCGACGUGGGCUGCAACAAGUACGGGGUGUUUCUGCGGGUCAGCGAGGUGAAGCCGUCCUACCGCAACGCAAUCACCGUCCCCUACAAGGCUUGGGCCAAGUUCGGUGGCGCCUUCUGCCGCUACGCCGAGGAGAUGCGCGACAUCCAGGAGCGCCAGCGGGACAAGCUCUACGACCGGCGCGCCGGCCCGCCGGGACCCGGCAGCGGCAGCGGCGCCGGUGACGACUCCGACGGCGACGACGUGGACGACGACUGA